GUGUCCCAGGGCAGGAAGCUCUUGUUGGUCCCACUGGAUGGCAGCCACUGGCUAAGCAUGCAUGGGGUCAUUCGGCAGCCUCAUCAGAGAGGACAUGACCUAGUGGUCUUAGCGUCUGUCACCUCCGUGUACAUUACGGAAGGAGCAUUUUACACCUUGAAGAGGUACCCGGUGCCAUUCAAAAGAGAGGACUUGGAAGCGUCUUUUAUCAGUCUUGGGCGUGCUGUAUUUGAGAACCACCCUUUCUUACAGCGUGUGGUCAAAACGUACAAGAAAGUCAAAAAGGACUCAGCUCUACUGUUGUCCAUCUGCUCCCAUUUACUGCACAACAAGGAGCUCAUGACUUCCUUGGCAGAGGGCAACUUUGACGCUGUGUUGACAGACCCUUUCCUUCCUUGUGGCCCUUUUGUGGCCCAGUACCUGGCUCUGCCUGCUGUGUUCUUCUCGAAUGCACUGCCAUGCAGCCUGGAUUUUCAAGGUACCCAGUGCCCCAACCCACCGUCCUAUGUGCCCAGGCUUCUGUCAUUUAAUACAGAUCGCAUGACCUUCCUGCAGCGCGUUGAGAACACGCUCGUUGCCUUGUUAGAGAACUUUCUGUGCAGUGCAGUUUAUUCUCCGUAUGCAUCACUUGCCUCAGAAGUCCUUCAGAAAGAUGUGACUGUCCAGGACCUUUAGAGCUCUGCAUCUAUCUGGCUUCUCAGAAGUGACUUUGUGAAGAAUUACCCCAGGCCCAUCAUGCCCAAUAUAGUUUUUAUUGGUGGGAUCAACUGUGCUAGCCAAAAACCAUUGUCCCGGGUGUGUAAUUUGGGAACUUUUUAA